AUGUCCACCUUGCACAGCUAUGGAGUUACUCUGCCCAACGGCUGCACCAUCGUGCAUGGGCAGGGCGCGAACAUCAAACACCCCUUCAGCGACAUCCCGGUGGAGAUGCAUGAGCUCGAUCCAGGUAGCAGAAGGGCCUUUUCAGGGCAGAUGGGAUUCAUCGAGUUCUCGACCGACUUCAGACUGCCUCGCCAUGUGCAUAUCGCUGCCUCUUCUUCUUCCUCUUCUUCUCAGCCGGUGGUGGCGGUGCAAAAGUUCAUCGCCGAGCGAAUCGUCGUCCUCAACGGCGUCGCCCUCGUCGAGCUCAAUGGCGAGAUCUACGUGAUCCCGCCCCAAACCCUGGUGACUAUCGCGCCGGGUGUGCCGCACACCUGGACGGCGUGCCCACCGGGGGUGUCCGUUCCGGUCUCGCAGGGGCCGACGAUGACGACCGGCGACCCCCUGCAAGUAAUACAGUCCGAGGGGACAUUCCUCAUGCUCUACGAGUACGAAGAGCCCACCGCGUUCUUCCCCACGAGACAGACCGCGACGCUGGCGAGCGUGGACGACUAUGAGCGAUGCGAUGAUCUCGAGACCAUCAGGAUUCCGAGCUUGAGCGCUGACCAAGUCCGGCAGAGGUGCUGGUUCGUGUGCGAUAGGACAGUGAGAAAACCCGGAUGA